AUGGGCAGCAGCGACCACCACGGCGGCGGAGCCGGCGCCGGCGCCUGUAACAAGAGGUCCCGAAAAGCCAGCAGCUUUGCGGACGACGAUGACGACGACAAGGGCGAGACGAGCCGCCGCCGCAAGAUCUGCGAAGGUACCCCUACCUCCGGCGGCCGCCACGACGGAGAGAGCGGCGACGCUUGCGGAGGGCAUGCUCAGGCAGCGCCUCACCGCUCCGGCUCCAGCGCCGGCGAGGAGGAUUACAUGUGCGAGUACGACGACUGCGACGACGACGACGGCGCUGGCGAGGAGGAUUACAUCUACGAGGAGGAGCAGAGGUACGUGGUUCUAACCGAGGAGGACAUCCGCGCGCGGCAAGAGGCGGACACGGCCAAGGUCGCCGAGGUGCUGUCGAUCCCGCCGGGGUUCGCGGCCGUCCUGCUCCGCCACUUCAAGUGGCGCGUGGAGCGGGUCCAGGAGGAGUGGUUCACGGACGACCGGCGCGUGCGCGGCGCCGUCGGCCUGCCCCCGGAGCUCGUCCCCUCGGCGCGCGGCGCGGGGCCACGCGUCGUUUGCGGCAUCUGCUUCGACGAGUACCCGGCCGGGCGGACGGCGUCGGCGGGGUGCGAACACUACUACUGCGACGGGUGCUGGCGCGGGUACGUCCGCGCCGCGGUGGGCGACGGCCCGCGGUGCCUGUCGCUGCUGUGCCCGGACCCGUCCUGCUCGGCGCCCGUCGUCCGGGAGCUCGUGGACGAGGUGCUGUCGGCGGCGGGGGGGAGCGCGGACGACGACGGGGUCCGGUACGCGCGGUUCUGGCUCCGGUCGUACGUGGAGGAGAGCGGGGGGAAGGACGUGUUCUGCGAGUGCGGGCACGGGGUCUGCUGGGCUUGCGGCGAGGAGGCGCACCGGCCGGUGUCGUGCGGCACGGUGCGCGCGUGGCUGGUGAAGAACAGCUCCGACUCGGCGGAGACGGCCAACUGGGUGGUGGCGCACACCAAGGCGUGCCCCAAGUGCGGGCGGCCCAUCGAGAAGAACCAGGGCUGCAACCACAUGCGCUGCUCGCCGCCGUGCGGCCACCACUUCUGCUGGCUCUGCCUGCAGCCGGCGGGAGGGGCCGACCACUACGCCUGCAACGACAGCCGCCCGCGGCGCUCCGGCGCCGACGCCGACGACGACAUGGCCGCGGCGGCGGCGAGCACCGCCAGCGCGGAGGAGGAGCGGUUGAAGCGGCGGCGCGCCAGGGCGUCGCUGGAGCGGUACCUGUACCACUACGAGCGGUGGGCGUCGAACCGGGCGGCGCUGGAGAGCGUGGCGCGGGACACGGCGGCGCUGGAGCGCGGGGAGCUGGAGCGGAUGGCGAGGGCGGCGGACGUCCCGGCCACGGCGCUCGGGUUCGUGUCGGAGGCGUACCGGCAGAACCAGGCCAACCGCUGGCUCGAGUGCCUCCACGCCGCCGCCGAGCUCGAGAGGAAGGACCUCUUCGGCGACGGCAAGGGCAAGGAGGCGGCCGUUGUUGUUGCGGCCGAGGCGUUCAGGGCGUACAGGCAGAAGGUGGCCAACCUCACCGGAGUGACGCGCAAGUUCUUGGGCAACCUCGUCAGGGCGUUCGAGACCGACCUGCCGGAAGUGGCGGCGGCGGCCAAAUCCGGCGAUGUAGGUAGCCGUAGGUAG